AUGACGGCGGCUGCGGCGGCGGAGGACGAGUACUGCCGGCGGGAGCGGCUGGUGCUGCAGCACGCGCACCCGCACGCGCCCGUGGCCGUGCCGGCCUUCCUGCAGGCGCAGCCGCAGCCGCCGCAGCCGCCGCCGCCCCCGCAGGCCCAGCGCCCACUGCCGACUGCCACGCCCACCGCCGCUGCCGGCCCAGGCGACCCGUACAUGCGGCGCGACCUGGGCUACCACCACCACUACCGGCUGCCGCCGCCGUCGCCCGCCGCCACCGCCGCGGGCUACUGCCACCCCCACGGCCACCCGCACGCUCACCCGCACGGCCACGGACACGGCCACGGCCGGCCCUACUAUCCGCCGGGGGUGGGCCAGCACCGGUCGCUGCCCGCCGCCCCGCCUCCCGCGCUGCGGUACCACCACCCCCACCAGCACCACCACCACCAGCAGCAUCACCACCAGCACCACGGGCACCACGCGCUGGCGCAGCCGUCGCCCAGCCACCGCCAUCACCAGCACCAGCACCACGGCCGCUGCUGCCCGCCCCCGCAGGCGGCGGCGCCACCCGCCUCGCCCGUGGGCAGCUGCAGCUCGUCGUCGGGCAGCGCGGGUCAGCCGCAGCAGGUGGCCGCCUCCGCGCCGCCGCCGCCCGCGCAGUUCUCGUCUUCGCCUUUGCCGCUGCGGGGGCGCGCACCCUCGCGAUCCGGCGCCGGGGCCGCCCCCACGUCUGCCGGCGGCGUGGUGCCCGUGCCGGUGGCCGUGCCACCGCCCGCCCCCGCGGCCAGCGCUCCCGUCGAGUACGUGGGCGCCAGCGGCGGCCGCGUCGUCUCCACGCCGACGCCGCCCCCCGUCAACCUACCGACGCCGUCGAUGCCUCCUCGCUGCGCUGCCGCCCUCGGCGUCGGCGUCGUGGAGGCGGUGACGGCGCCGCCUCCCGGGCCCGGCCACGACCCCGGUCCCUCCGCCUCGGUGGCGCUCUGCUGCGGCGCCGCCCGUCGCUACGACUCACGCCCAGAGUCCAGACAGUCCAUCGUCACGCCCUCGCACCAUCCGGCGCUCUGGUGA